AGCAGCAGUCUUCAUGGUCAAGCGGACAACCAAAUUCUGCUCUCUCAUUCAAACAAACACUCAUUCUCCUUUGAAUCUCUCCCGAACGAACAAAGUAGCAAGAAAAAGAAGAAGAUGGUACUACUACUCAGGAAAAUCUCAAAGAAACAUCUCCAGGUGGGCGCAAGAACAUGGAGACCACCACCAAGGGACCAUCUCAGAAAUCGAUCAGUCACACUCAACAUCCCAAUCUCGACCACCAACCAACAAACUACUACUGACGACCAACCAGCACCACCACCACCAGAAGCAGCAGAACAAGAACAAACUCAUACUCAGACUCAGACUCAGACUCAGACCGAUCAACCAUACACUCCAGCAAACAACAACUACCAACAAGAUCAAUUCAACCAUCCUACUGAACCCCAUCAACCCACUUCAUCACAUUCUCAAAACUAUCAAGAACAUCCAUACUCACAGUCACUCAACGAUACUCACCUGCCAACAGGCUCAUAUCCAUCUGAAUAUAAUAGACAGACCCCCAAUGCUGAACAACAAGACUACCCAGAUCCAAACCACCCGCAUUCUCAAUCCUAUCACGACCAUCCUCAAAUCGAUUCUUCUCAUCAUCAAGAUAUCCCAUCAGUCCAUCCACAAGAUUCAGCAUCACAAUCUGCCCAUCAUCCCCCUCAAAAUCGCGAUUAUGCUUCUUCCUGUGGACUUAGUGAUAUCGGAAGAGAACGGCUGAGAAUCGCAGAGGCUGAACAUCAAGCUGCCCUUCAGAGAGUAGAAGAAGCUAAACGAAAGAAUCCGUUGAUCGAGCUCCCCGAAUUACAUCAUUCAGAUACCGAUCUCAAACUCCAACAGAAUCGGGAACAGCUCGAAGAAAAUCGAAUAAAGCUAGAAGAGAUUCGGAAGGCUCAAGAAUUACUAGACCUCAGGGAGAAGGAGGUCAGGCUGAGAGAAGAACAGCUGAUACAGAUGCUCCAAGAGGAAAGACAGAAAAAGGAUGAAGAAGACAGAAUAAAGCAACAGGAGGCCGAACGAACGACACAAGAAUUAAAAGAACAGGCCGAACAAGAACGUCUGCGAGCGAUAGAAGCGAUCCGGAGAGAUUCUCUCGAAAAGGAAGAACUGACCCGCAAGAGAUAUGAAGAAGAGAUGCGAAAGCUCGAGAAACAGGCCAGGCAGGAGGUAGAGGAGGAAUUCAGACAACAAAAGCGUAGAGAGGAAGAGGAACUCAGGGAACUGAAACGUAGGGAGGAGGAGGAACUCAGGGAACUGAAACGUAGGGAGGAGGAGGAAUCCAAGGAACGGGCACGUAGAGAGCAAGAGGCUGAAAUGAUGGAACAGAUGGAACGUCUCAGGAUCGACGAAAAAGAAAAGCAGGAGAACGAGGCUAAAAUCCGCGCUCAACUCGAGGCUCAAUCUUUCGCCGAACGGACCGCCGAACAAAAUGCAAAGCUGACGAUGAGGGAACAGCUCUUACAAAGGGAGCUUGCGAUGCAAAACAUCCGAUGCAGUCAAAGCCGAAAGAGGGCGGAACUGCUUGCAAUGGUCCAGCCAUCGGUGAUCCGGAGCAUCAGUCCAGUCUCGUAUGCAGGCGUUUACUCGUCGCCCAUACUUUGCGGAUAUGAGCUUCCAUCUUUUCCGCCCACCCCGAGGUCGCCUCAUCUGGUGCCUGAGAAAGUCCGGAAAGCUGCUCGCGCCGAUCAAAAGUGGCGAGAGAGGGAACAGAUCAGGUUGCAGGAGUUGGAGUUGGCACAGCAGAGGGAAGCAGAACGGCUCUGGGAAGAGCACCAGCGACAAGCGGCUAAUCGGGGACGACCAGAUGGUCCAGUCGACAGACGAGAUGAAUUCCCAGUCAUCGAUCCAGGGCCAUCUCACUCUGCAAGAUCUGAUAACAAUCCCGAUCAUCACUACUCUAACCAUAGAUCACCGCAACCUGCCCAGUCUGCUCUCAACGAGCACUCAAAUAACUCGCACCAUCGCUCUAGACAGACUCCAAUCGAUAGGCGUGAUCAACUGCCUCAUAGGGACGAAAGAUCCACCCAUUCCGCCCAAUCUUCCCAUCACGAUCAUCACAAUCAAUCACCAGAUCGUAAAUCUCAACGUUCUCAUCAUGGCACCCAGGGACUCACCGGCUCCCCCCAACCUGUCGAUCUUGAUAAUUCCAUCCACAUACCAGGUCAUAGAUCUCCAGCCGUACGAGCAUCUCACAACGAAAACCCAUCCAGCCAGCGGAGGCCGCACUCGGUUGGUAGACGGGAUGAACUGCCCAACAUGGACACAAGACUCACACGAUCUGCCAAGUCUGCCCAGCUCGAUUAUUCGAUGACAGCGGCAGAUCGUGGGUCUCAAGCCGGACCUGUAGCUAACAGCUCAACCUCAAGUCAACAACCUCUUGACAGUAACCGACUUGAGAAUCUUGCGCGUGUCAAAGCUGAACUCGAAAGAAGAGAACGAGAUACAAGAAGGGCGGAAGAUGCGGAGAUAGCCGCGGCCCUAGCAGCUUUCAAUAAGGCGAAAGAGAAAGCACAAGCCCACCCCACGGAAGAUUCUGAAAGAUCCAUUCCAGAGGAGCACUAUACAGUAGGACCUCCGUCUCACCCGUCUGACCAAGCUGUGGAUCAGACCCUUGCAGCCAAGAAGAGGGCCGCUGAAGCUGCAGCAUAUUUCAUGACCAAGCAGACUUUCUCAAACCCGACUCGAAGACGAAAGACCUCUAUGCCACAUGCUGCUAGCCAUCGCCAAGCCACUUCCUAUCAUCACCAAAGGUUCAAUUCGACCGAGACGGCCUCGAUAGCCCCCUCUGAAACUAUUAGCGAGUUCGACUCCAUCGUAGCACCAGCUUCCCUGGAUAAAUUAGCGGGGCACCAGAAUGUAGUCUUUAAAGAAAUAGAAACCUCCAUCAUGCUUCAGGUCGGGCACCCUUCUCCAAUUGACUAUUUGGAGAACCAUCCCAGGGGGCGUCGGUUCAAAAUGCACGGCGACCAGCUGGUUCGACACAGUCUGUCUCUCAUUGCUAAGGGCAUGGGCGCUGACUCUCUCGAAGAUAUACGUCUCCGAGAUCCGGUUUUUGUAAAGGCUUCCGGUUUCAACUUUUCGGCCCAGGGCAUCGCUGUCAUCCGCAACAAUCGUUCACCUGGAGGAACGGCUGGAUUGGACGACUGUAAUCCACCUGCACAUCAUACUCCCAGACAAUUGUGUACUGCCGAUCCACUGGAUUCGACGACCCAUAAACCCUCAACAGCUCAUCAUGACCCGCACGUAGCUCAAACCCCAGGUUCAAGUAAGAGUGAACCGUUCGAUCACUCCGAGUCGGUGCAAGCCUCACCUAAGCCCCAUCAUCCCCCAGACAAUUUUCAUUCUCCUCUCUCCUCCAAGCACGACGAGCCUCAAGGCCCCGCCAAGGUAGACAGGGAAGUGCAGACAUCAAUUGGCUCUAGUGCUACUGGGCAACCGCACUCCUCAGCUUCCCACUCAAAUCCCAAUCUACAUGAUUCUCAUCAUGAACCGACUCAUUCUCCUUCCCAUCGCCCCAAUCCACACAUUUCUCACAACGAAGCCACUCAUUCUCCUUCCCAUCGACCUCGUGACCUCUAUUCGCCUAGAGUGCUUGAAGAGGAAAGGCACAUAAACGCCCUAGAAGAUGUCUCCAGCGAACGCCCUCACACCUUACCAGCCCCUCCUAGAUUUACGAUUCCUAAAGUCACGCUCCAAUCGCCUUCUGAUACCACUUCGCCCACCAAUCCAGACGACCAUACCUUCUCUGCCACGCCGAACAAUUUUGGGAACUCAUCACCAGUCGCCACAACAUCUUCCUCCCCCACCAAACAAUCCACUUCUUCCCAUCACCCCAGAUCGGCUGGCGUAACGGCUAAAAUACCCUUCCAAUCUCCUUCUGAUACCACUUCGCCCACCAAUCCAGACGAUACACCUCUCUCUACCUCUUCGCAACCUUUUGGUAUUUCAUCACCCAUCUCAACUUCCCAUCAAUUCUUUCCUUCUGCCAAUCAACCUCCUUCUUCCCCCACAAGAUCACCGCCUGUUGACUUGCAACGUCCUGCUUUACAGGAUCAAUCGGCUGGCCAGAAGCCUUCGGAGGAUUCAGUUGAUCGGACCUUCUGUACCUCUUCCGAGCCUUUUAGUAUGCCAUCACCUGUCGCAGCUUUCCAUCCGAUCACUCCUAAAGUGAUCAUCCAGUCACCCUCUGAUACAACUUCGCCAACCAAUCCACUUGGCAGCUUUCCUGUCUCUCCACAAACUUUCAAUUACUCCUCCCCAGCAUUCGAGUCCUAUCAAUCAUCUCCACCAACCCAAGCAAGAAGAUCUCAAAGUAGAUCCUCAUCUGACAAUCAACAUCCUGCUUUACAGGAAGACUUGUCUGUCCGACCGCGUGAGCGAUUCCAGCCAGAUCCACAGCAAAAUAAGACCCCACGACAGAUUCCUCUGCCUCCCGAAAGCCCGUGGGAAAAGCCCUUACCGCCACCGACUCCGCGGGAGUUCCCCCUACCAGCCUCGCCGAGCUUCUCCGAAGUCGAUCGCAACCGUCGAUCGCAAUCAUAUGACUUCAAGAACUUCUGCAAGAUAGGCAUCCACCGGACUUCUUCCUCUUCUUCUUCAUCCUCCACCUCCUCCGGAUCCCUCCAACGACUUCAUAGAGAUAGAGCUCCCAGUAGACUAUCUGGUCCUUGGAUCGGCGAUCAAUGGGAUGUCCUUCGCGAUAAUCUCGUCGGGAUCCACAAACCGAUCUCUCCUGUCCCGGUUCGUAAUCUCCAGCAUCCCAGGAAUUCACAUCGUUCUCCGUCAAAUCUCAAGCAACAAAUCAACUCUCGUUCGUCUUUUUGUUUCUCUCGUAAUUUGUUAAGAUUCACUUUUGUGAAAAAGGCGACGCAAAACUUGCGUUUCUUUUUCAAGCAAAGCUUUCUCAACUGA